UUUUUUUGCAGCCUGCGAGUCCCUGAGCUCGGAGCGUGUGCACGUCUGGUGAGGGGGGUAGUCGGGUGCGCGCUCGUGUGUCAAGCCAAGGCCCGCCGGACUGACUGCGGCACCGAGUGAGGGAGGAGGAACGGGGCCCCCGGUGUGUCACUCCGCCAGCAGGUUCCUGCUGGUGUCUCUCGGUCAGCGAUGGUCCAGUGAUCUUGCAGUCUGUGAGAUGAUUCAGUAGGAAGGGGAGACCAUGGGGCUGAAGAAGAAGCAGCCAUGUCCCAGGUUGCUGGAUUACCUGGUGAUCGUAGGCGCAAGGCAGCCAAGCAGUGACAGCAUUGCCCAAACUCCGGAGUUGCUCCGUAGAUACCCCUUAGAGGACUACCAUGACUUCCCUUUGCCUCCUGAUGUGGUCUUCUUCUGCCAGCCGGAAGGAUGUCUCAGUGUGAGACAGAAGCGCAUGAGCUUACGAGAUGACACUUCCUUCGUCUUCACACUUACUGAUAAAGACAGUGGAAUUAUUCGCUACGGAAUAUGUGUCAACUUUUACCGCUCCUUUCAGAAACGCAUUCCAAAAGACAAAAGCCGCAAGCAGCCCAAGCCAGCCUCGGAGAAUGGGUCUGAGGGCUCUGAUGGAGGCCACCCUUUACAGGCAGAGUCUGCAUCCGAUAUCAAUCACUCUCCUCACCAAAAACGGCUGUCUAAAGGAGUCCAGCGCUCUCGUAACAGCACCCUGACAUCUCUCUGCAUCAUCAGUCACUAUCCGUUCUUCUCUACAUUCCGGGAAUGUCUCUAUACGCUCAAGAGGUUGGUGGACUGCUGCAGUGAUAGACUGGUCAGCAAGAAGGCUGGAAUAUCCAAGGGUGUGCAAAGAGACACCAUGUGGAGGAUUUUCACUGGCUCCCUUCAGCUGGAGGAGAAGUCUAAUGUUCUCCUGCAUGACUUGCGUGAAAUUGAAGCUUGGAUCUACCGUCUUUUGCGUUCCCCGACUCCUGUACCCGGUCAGAAAAGGGUUGACGUGGAGAUUCUGCCCUUGGAGUUGCAGCCACCCUUGACCUUUGCCCUUCCUGAACCCUCUCGUUUUUCGUUGGUGGAUUUUCCCCUCCACUUGCCCCUGGAACUUUUGGGAGUCGAUGCCUGCUUACAAGUCUUGUCCUGCAUCCUGUUGGAGCACAAGGUUGUGCUGCAAUCUCGAGACUACAAUGCAUUGUCUAUGUCUGUAAUGGCUUUUGUGUCUAUGAUUUAUCCACUGGAAUAUAUGUUUCCUGUAAUUCCACUCCUUCCCACAUGCAUGGCAUCUGCUGAGCAGCUGCUCUUGGCACCCACUCCGUACAUCAUAGGAGUCCCUGCUAGCUUCUUUCUCUACAAGUCUGACUUUAGGAUGCCCGAUGAUGUUUGGCUGGUAGAUCUGGACACUAACAAGGUUGUCGCACCUACUAAUGCAGAAUUUUUACCCAUCCUGCCGGAACCCGAAGCAUCGGAGCUCAAGAAGCACCUCAAGCAGGCCCUGGCUAGUAUGAGCCUAAACACCCAGCCUAUCCUUAACCUGGACAGAUUCCAUGAGAGCUCAGAUGCCAUGCUUCGACCCCACAGCGAUGCCCAGGGUACCCCUUCCACAGAGUUCAACCCCCUUAUUUAUGGAAAUGAUGUUGACUCUGUAGACGUGGCGACACGGGUUGCCAUGGUCCGAUUCUUUAAUUCUCCCAACAUGUUGCAAGGUUUCCAGCUGCAUACCCGCACUCUGCGUCUGUUCCCCCGGCCUGUAGUGGCUUUCCAGUCCUCUUCCUUCCUUGCAUCACGUCCCAAGGCUACCAACUUUUCCGAGAAACUGUCCAAAACGCAGGCUGUGGAGUAUUUCGGAGAAUGGUCUCUCAACCCCACUAAUUUCGCCUUUCAAAGGAUACACAACAAUAUGUUUGACCCAGCUUCAAUUGGAGAUAAGCCAAAGUGGUAUGCCCACCAGCUGCAACCCAUCCAUUAUCGUGUGUAUGAUGCAAACUCCCAGCUGGCGGAAGCACUCAGUGUCCCAAUAGAGAGGGAUAGUGACUCAGAUCCCACUGAUGACAGUGGCAGCGAUAGUGUGGAAUAUGAUGACUCCAGCUCUUCUUAUUCUUCUCUUGGCGACUUUGUCAGUGAAAUGAUGAAGUGCGACAUCAAUGGUGACACACCUAAUGUGGAUCCACUGACUCAUGCUGCCUUGGGAGAUGCCAGUGAGGUGGAGUUUGAUGAUUUUCAGGAGUACUCAGGAGAGGUGGAGGAAACUGCUCCAGACAGUGAGAACUCCCCUGACAACAACCAGCCACGUUCAGGCUCCAGCACCACCGCCAGCAGCAGUCCAAGUACUGUCAUCCAUGGAACCAACACGCAAGAAUCUGCUGACUCUGCCGAGCUGGAUGAGAAGGUUUUGGGUUCGCUGCAAAAUCACUUACCCACCCUGGCACCUGCGUUUAACCGGCUGGCAAUGGAACGCCGUGAGAGUGAAGCAUCUGUUGGUGGGGGUGAAGCACGAAGGCGCGAAUAUGACAAUCCCUAUUUUGAGCCCCAGUAUGGAUUUCCACCAGAGGAGGAGAAUGAAGAACGGGAGGAGAGUUAUACACCCAUGUUUAACCAGACUGUUAAUGGCACCCGGUCCCAGAAGCCUUUGCUUCGCCCUAAUAGCCUGAAGCUUCCCAGCGAUUCUGAUGCAGAAACAGACUCUCGAGGGAGCUCCCCCACCUCAACGGUUUCCAACAAUAGCAGCAAUAAUGAUAGCUUUGGGGGCAUCAUGUCCUUUGCCAGUAAUCUGUAUAAAAGUCAUAGUAGUACCUUCAGUCUGUCAAGCUUGACGCUUCAGACCAAGAGUGGCCGAGAUAAAGUGACCCCAUUUCCAAACUUUAAAGUAUUUGGGCUAAAUACUAUAAUGGAGAUAAUUGCAGACUCCGGUCCCGCCCCUGCAGAAGCCAGCACCAGGCGUGCUCUGGUAGACCAGAAAUCCUCUGUUAUAAAACACAGCCCUACAGUAAAGAGGGAAUCUCCUUCCCCACAGGGUAGAGCUAACAAUUCCAGUGAGAACCAGCAGUUUCUGAAGGAGGUGGCAAUAGGUGUCCUAGAGGGGCAAGGGGUAGGCUGGCUGAACAUGAAAAAAGUGCGUCGCCUUCUGGAAAGUGAGCAGCUGCGCGUUUUCGUCCUGAGCAAACUGAACCGGUCCAUACAAACAGAAGAGGACGCUCGCAAUGAUGUAAUCCAGGAAGUGGAGAUCAGCAGGAAAGUAUACAAGGGCAUGCUAGAUAUCCUGAAGUGUACAGUAUCCAGCCUAGAACAAUCUUAUGCCAACGCAGGGCUGGGGGGCAUGGCUAGUGUCUUCAGUCUAUUGGAAAUUGCUCACACGCAUUAUUACAAUAAAGAAUCUGAGAAAAGGAAGCACAGUCCUUCUGCCGAUGGCACUGUGACGCCCGUGUCUAGGGAUUCUGUCACCAUUCAGCGAGGAGAGCCUAGACCCACUCCCCAGCUGCCCCCCCAGCAGCUCCUUCCCCGCCCAUCGGGCUCCGCGGUCCGGGGGGCACGGGAGUUUGAUACACGGAGUCUGAAGGAAGAGAAUUUUGUGGCCUCCAUUGAGUUGUGGAACAAGCAUCGGGAAGUGAAAAAGCAAAAAGCUAUGGAUAAACAGAGCACAGAGCAGCCCAAGCAGGUCAUCGAUAGUGCAGACACGGAGGAGAAGAAGUCUCAAAUUAGUGCAGAUAGUGGCUUGAGUGUCACCUCGGGAUCUCAGCGGAGUGAUUUGGAUGGUGUCAAUACAGGACCUUCCAUUCUCAUUCGAAGCAGCAGUCAGGAUUCUGAAAUCAGCACAGUGGUCAGUAACAGCUCAGGGGAAACACUAGGUGCCGACAGUGAUCUGAGCAGCAAUGCCGGAGACACAUUGGGCGGUCCAGGCGGAGGUCACCUGUCGGGAUCCAGAGGAGCUGUGUCCGACAGUGAGAUCCAGAUGAAUUCUCUCACUGGAGCCAUAUUUGGGAAGCCUCAGGUCCUUCGUCCUGGAGAGAGAACUAGUGGUGUCAGCCCACUACACCCACCACAAGAUGUCAGCCAGCGAAUCUAUCUGUAUGAGGGCCUUUUGGGAAGAGAUAAGUCCUCAGUCUGGGACCAGCUUGAAGACGCAGCGAUGGAAACCUUCUCUCUGAGUAAAGAGCGCUCCACCCUCUGGGACCAGGUGCAGUUUUGGGAGGAUGCUUUCCUGGAUGCUGUGAUGCUGGAAAGAGAGGGAAUGGGGAUGGAUCAGGGACCCCAAGAGAUGAUAGACAGGUAUAAUUCUUUGGGAGACCAUGACAGGAAACGUCUUGAGGAAGACGAAGAUCGACUUUUGUCUACACUCUUGCACAACAUGGUGUCCUAUAUGGUGAUGAUAAAGGUAAACAAGACGGAUCUCCGGAGGAAGGUUCGGCGUCUGAUGGGGAAGUGUCACAUAGGUUUAGCGCAUAGUCAACAGAUUAAUGAGCUGCUUGACCAAGUGACAGAUCUGAAUGGCCGUGACCUAAGCGUUCGACCCAGUGGUAGUCGUCACAUUAAGAAACAGACUUUUGUGGUGCAUGCUGGGACUGACACCAGUGGAGACCUGUUCUUUAUGGAGGUUUGCGACGACUGUAUUGUAUUACGCAGUAACAUUGGAGCUGUGUACGAACGCUGGUGGUAUGAAAAACUCAUUAACAUGACCUACUGCCCCAAAACAAAAGUGCUUUGUUUAUGGAGAAGAAAUGGACAAGAGACCCAACUCAACAAGUUUUUCACCAAAAAGUGUCGUGAGCUGUAUUAUUGCGUAAAGGAGAGCAUGGAACGAGCAGCAGCACGGCAGCAAAGCAUUAAACCAGGCCCAGAGCUUGGUGGUGAGUUCCCUGUUCAAGACAUGAAGACUGGGGAAGGGGGUCUUCUUCAGGUGACCUUGGAAGGGAUAAAUCUGAAAUUCAUGCACAGUCAGGAGCGGAAGGUUUUCAUACAGCUGAAUCACAUUAAAAAGUGUAACACUGUACGGGGCGUCUUUGUCUUGGAGGAAUUUGUUCCUGAAACUAAAGAAGUGGUGAGCCACCGGUACAAGACGCCCAUGGCCCACGAGAUCUGCUACUCUGUCCUGUGUCUCUUCUCCUACGUGGCCGCCAUCCGAGGAAAGGAAGCGGAGAUGAAGAGCAGACCCCCUCGGCCUGUGUCCAGCUGACCUUCCCCUCCACCCCUCUCCAAUAACUGAUCUGUGACCACACACUGAAUGUGCGCUAUGCCCCCUCCCCUUCCAGACCGCAGGCUCUGCUGACAGCUAUUCCAUUUGGCGUUCUGUUGUAACAUUCCUCCUGUAUACGGAGGCCGCACAGGCUGUAGUGACUUCACUAUGUGUUGUAACUGCAUUUUACAGAGCCCCCCCCCCCCAACCCCCACCCCAGCUUUAGUGUUGUGUGUUUGUGUGUUUCUGACCUCUGUGCAGUGAAUACAACACAACUCUUCCAAGGCAAUAGCAUUGUUGCACCUCUCAACAGCCCCUGCGUACUUUUGUGCGGUAGUGUUGCGGUCGCCAGCCGCUAGUAUAAGGCCUCCCUGGAUUUGCGAGACUUGCAUUCUAGUUCCCACUCUGAGUGCCGUGUCUGAUGUUCAAGCAAAGCAUGCUUCAGAGCUCUUCCCACGGACAGAACUAAACCACGUACGGCCAUCGUGGGCUUCUAGCAUAUAUAAAAAAGAAAAAAAAAAGUUAACACAUUUCGCAGGCAGAUGUGGAACCUUAUGGUACAGAGUGUAAAUAUUAAAGUAUUUGAUGCCCCAUUCCAGCCAUUGUCCACCACUGCAUGGAGAGCACUAUGUAAAUAUCCCGGUCUUUCUUAUUUAUAGAAUUCUGUACAGAUCCUGAAUGUGCAAUAAACUAGCAUUCCAAUGCUG